AACAAAACAAGCCGUCUUCGGGAUUCCCAGCCUCUGAUGAUUCAAUUACGAACCAUAUGGCCCGGAAUCGAUGGUGAUAUAUCACAGAAGAUACUGGUACGUGGAAUGUGAAUCCGGACCAUGCCAGGGACGCCUGGAAGCGCACAGGGGUCCAUCACACGAGCUCCAAGGCCAAGUCGCCAUGGUCUAUCCUCGUCAGGUCGAGGGCAAGCACAGAUCACCCGUGUUUGUACAACAUAUUUGGGCGUGGUUCUUUGCCGCCGUCUCUGUUGGCGCCCACGCUGGUUAGGUGGCCGGUGAUCACUGAUGAUGCUCAGGCGGGAAUGGAUGCCGAGGAUAAUCCUGGUCUCCGCCGUAAGUGCAUGCGCAAGGCACGCUUGCUUGGGGCAGGCACGAACAAGAAGAAGUCGAGCUCACCAAGGACGCUGGAGAGGACGCCUCCCAAUCACGGAACAAGGGGGGUGCCAUAUAAGGCAAGCGAGCAAGAUGAUGGCCCACGUGUUAGGAAGAGCAAGCAACCUUCCACCUGCCAGAGAUUC